AUGGCUGUAUCCAAUGAAAGCCACCCGAAAGAAUUCAUCCUCCUGGGCUUUGCUGACCACCCUUGGCUGGAACUCCCGCUCUUUGUUACUCUGCUGAUCACGUACCCCAUGGCUUUGAUGGGGAACAUCGCCAUCAUUCUGGUGUCCACCUUGGAUCCUCGUCUCCACAGCCCCAUGUAUUUUUUUCUCAGAAAUCUCUCCUUUCUGGACAUGUGCUACACCACAAGCGUUGUGCCUCAGAUGCUGUUUAACCUGGGAAGCUCCAGAAAAACCAUCAGUUACGUUGGAUGUGUUAUCCAACUUUAUAUCUUCCACGUAAUGGGUGGCACGGAAUGUCUGCUUUUGGCUAUCAUGUCCAUUGAUCGCUACGUGGCUAUCUGCAGACCUCUCCACUACACCCUCAUCAUGAGUCAGCGAGUGUGCGUCUUGUCAGUGUCUAUUAUGUGGCUGACUGGAGUGAUCUUUGGUUUUUCAGAGGCUACACUUACAUUACAAUUGCCAUUGUGUGGCCAAUAUAAACUGGAUCACUUAUUGUGUGAAAUCCCCGUUCUCAUAAAAACUGCCUGUGGGGAGAAGGAGUUUAAUGAGCUGGCACUUUCUGUGGUGUGCAUUUUCAUACUGAUUGUUCCUCUGUUCUUAAUUCUUGCUUCUUAUGUUAAUAUUGGUCGUGCAGUACUUAGAAUUAAAUCUUCUGAAGGAAGGAGGAAAGCCUUUGGGACAUGUUCUUCUCAUCUCAUUGUAGUUUCUUUAUUUUAUGGUCCAGGCAUGAGCAUGUACCUUCAGCCUCCUUCCUCCAUCACAAGGGACCAACCCAAGUUCAUGGCUCUCUUUUAUGCAGUGAUAACUCCUACACUGAACCCCUUCAUCUAUACCCUAAGGAACAAGGAUGUAAAGGGUGCCUUAAAAAAGCUACUGAGAAGCAUUUUUAGUUCAAAGUGA